GCAAUUGAGAACAAAAUGGCUGAACUUGGAAUUAUGGUGAACAUCUUUUAAUUUAAAUUGUCUUUCUUGCUCUUCUGGAUCACAGAGAUGCCCCUUUUUAAGUCAAGAAAAGUGAGCAAAGACGAGUCAAAGAAACGAGUGGAAAGAUGCAUGGUCGUGGUUAGUAAACCAUCGAUUAGUGUCGUAGAAAUGUUUAUUUUGAUUUCGUCAGAGACUGAACUUGGUUGUUUCAUUUUUGUGCAUGAUUGUCAAUUAGCGAAGGAACGGUACACACAGCGGUUGUCAUCCCUUAAUACAUACUCUUUUAGUGGUUAGAUAACUCGUACGCCUUUUAAAAGCAUGUGAGAAGAGUUUAUAGUGAAGACGAAUCUGCCAAAUAAUUGAAGUUGUACGGGUGGCCAUGGCUAAUGCAUAAGUGACAGUCGACUGUGUUGGGGGAUUGCUUCUUCUAAGAUGGUUCGAUAAAAAAAACAAAUACCGCAACAGUUGUACAGUUGUCUCAAGUUUGCGUUUUAUGUGCUUUUUCUUUCGUUCCAGCUUUGAUUAUUCAACUUUUAAGUCAGAUUUCUAUGCUGUUCUCCGAGUUUGUUUAUGCCGAUGACAAGAAUGCAAAUAAUUUGUUGAACAGUGAUCAUGGCUGUCAGAGGUCUGAUUAGAAAUAAGUUCUGGGAGAGGAUUACGUUUUUUAAUUAAUAUUUCAUGGUGGUAUCAACAAGAUAUUUAUCUGGCCUGGAUUGCUUGAUAGUUGGAUUGCACUAUCCAAUGACUACAUGUAAAUCUUUAUCUGGUGGAUAGCACAGUACUUUUUGCUAUCACUCACAACAACUAACCCUAAGCAAUUACUGGAUAACGAUUUAUUCACUGAGUAAGGUUACCCACUCGUUAUACAACUGAGCCCAGGUGAACUCAGUAGAUUCUCCAAUUAUAAUUGACAUUUUGAGUUAAGUUAUAUUCAGUAAAAUAUUUGAUAUAUAGUCAGGUUAAGUUUACUUUUGUUUGAUAGGCAAAAGAUUCUCCAGAUCCAGCUUUUGAUUUGUCAAAAUGUGGGGCAACGGAGGUAAUUUUCUUGUAGAGUUUACAUUUUAAAUCCAUGGAAGGUGUUUUGAAUUUUGAAGGUGUUUUUGAAUCAUAUACAAGAAUGUGUAAAGCAAUAUUGAAAAUUGACUUAUUUUGAAUGUUAUAAGAAUAACAUGAUAUGCAAUUAACUAGUGAAAUAGCUCUCAUCUACAGCUCCUUUUUUUAAAAAAAAGUAUCAAAUUUUCUGUGGGUGCCAUAAAUCAUGUAGUGAAAUGUCUUAACACUGGUUGUUGUGGGCAAACAACAUUAUAUGAUCAUUUCAAGGUAACUUGUCUUUUCAGUCAACUUCACUUAAUGGUGAGGUGUCACCUCCCCUAGCAUAAUUAUUUCCUCAAUUCUGUUUAGUACUGCAUCACAGUGUAUAGUCUAUAAAAGAUGAAAUGGAAUCUCUUUCACUAGUUUUAGAUUUUAUGUUUUAAUUUAAGCCAUAAAGUACAUUGUGGUCUGAGAUUUUAUGUCUAAGCUUUCUGUCUGUUCAAAGAAAUCUGUCAUCAACUGCUACAAGCUCAAACUUUUUUUGAGUAACUGUCAUAAAUGAUUUGGUUUUUUGUACCAAAUAGAAAAAUUAAGCCAGACUAUUUGUUUUAUGCCAUUUAUGAAGAGGAAACUUAUGCUUCAAAAUAAAGAAUUUUGUUUUUCCUAUGUAGCCAAAGGGUACUGACAGUUGUAUUUUUGAUGAAUGAUAUUUAAGUUAAAUUUGUAACAUUUUACAAUGUUAAAUUAUUAGGCUAAAUUGAAAAAAAAGUGCCAAUGAACCUCCACACAACUAUUUGUAAACAAGUGUUUUUUCAGGGAUUUUAAAGUCAUGGGCUUGAUGACUAGUUUUGUACUUUUAGAAUUCCUGUCUGAGAAAGGUUGUGUGAAGGUUAGAGAUAAGGGUGAAUACAGAGCUGCUCACAUAAAGUUGUAUGCCACUGAUCAGUUGAAAUGAAGAGAGCUCUGACUGACUCUUUCAAUCUGUAAAAAUAUUGAAAAAGAAAGGAAAACUUAAAGUCUUUGAACCCUGCCGGCAGGUUUUGAUUUAUUUGUAAAUAUAAUUUAUUGUAAAUGGAUUGAGAUGCCUUUUUUGUCAGCUGAAGCAUUGUAGCCAUGCUAAUUCUUUCAAGAGUCCAAUUUGCAGGUGUUGAGUUGUCACUGAAAAUUGGUUGCAAUAUUCUUAAUUCUCUCUUUUUUUAUAGGUCCCUAAGGGAGUGUACUCAUUGUGUAGGGUACUUCAAAAAGAGGUAUGUUCAAACAUAACUUUAUCUACAGAGCAAAUAAUUUUAUCAACAAGAGUGGAUCUGUCAGUACCUAAUUUCAAUAGUUUAAGUUUUCCAUAAUCAAUGUUACAAAUUGUGAUUUUUAAAAGUUAUUUUAAUGAAUGUUACUGCCACUACUGAACAAUAUGAUAAACAUUUUAACCAGAUGUUGUUCUUCUUAAUACAGAAACUAAAGAUAUUUAAUGCCAUGUUGCAUUUUGGGGAUCAGAUUUUUGGGUUGGAGAUUGUGGAAACAACUAUUUUUCAGUUUGAACCUGGCUUUGUUUUGCUAGGACCUUACUUGUAUUUUGCUGGAGAGAGAUCCAUUUGUAAAAUCCACAAAAAUUAAAAUCAGCUUAAUUUUCAAUGCCAUGUGGUAUGACCAAGUUGUCACCAUUCUCAGAUGUGAAUAUGCUGAGAGCUUUUGCAGAAUUCAGUCAGACUGAAAGAUGUGAUUGUUAGUAUUUAAUUCAGAGGUUUUCAGUACCUUUUCCCAUAAAUGGCUAAUGGCUGGCAAUGUUGUAGUAACUGGCUAUGCUGAUAAGUGAAAUCCAUACACCAUAGCCUGCUUGUAAGCUGAACAGACAGCAGUGAGAGGUUAUAUAGGUAACUAUAGACCACCUGUAACCAGUGUUUAACAAAACCCUGUAAAUGUAUCAUUAAAAUUUUUUCAACAUGCUUUUUAUUUUUUAGGCACUUUUAUUGUUUGACAAUGAUUUAUCAAAUCUAAAAGGUGGAGGAGACCUAAAGGAUCUGUCAAAUCUAAGGGUGAGAUAUGACAAUCAUACUGAUUUGUGUCAAUUUGUGAUAUUUUUUUAAGAAAUAGACUUAAAUUUACCAAUAAAUUCUGAAAUACUAAUGUAGCAAUUGAUAAUGAUAUUUUCCUUUCUUUUCUGAAAUAAUUUUAGUUUGAUCAUGAGAAUUUAAACCAAAGAAUAACACUCUGACUACUGAUACAAUUUUUAGGUUAGCUAGUUUUAGCUCCAAGGAAAAUAGAGGGUAAUUUAGGUUGUCCAGCUUGACUGACACCCAAACUCUUUCUUAGUAAUUAGUAUAGAACUUUAAAUUAUGUGAAGCGCUUCUGAAUAUUGUUUAUAGUUUUAGCCCUAUAUAAAUUCCUUAUCCUUAUCAUUAUCAUUAGAGUUUGCGACAUUUUACACAUUAAUAACCCCUUGUUACUGGCUAGUAUAAAUUUAAUGUUCCUUCUCAUAGAUUAUCAGAACUGUUUAUUUUAAUUAUCGAAUUCAGAGUUGAAAGUAUUUUAAAUUUGCCUCCUCCCAGGUGUUGGAUCUUCAUGAUAACCAUAUAACAGCCCUUCCUGCAGCUAUUGAUGAGCUGAAAUCACUACAGGUAAUGAAAAAUGCCCAAUUAACAUCAUAUUCAUUUGGUAAAUUAUUAGUUAUUAGCCCUUUAACCCCCAAGAUCUGAUAGUUAAUUCUCCUCUCUAGCUGCUACUCAUUAACUCAUAAAUUACUUAUGAAAAUAUAAUUUUAAAUCAAGAUAAGAACUUCCAGCUGAUAAGUUUGUCUGAGUACUGUCAGUAAUGAUUCAAUUUAGUGCCCUCCUUUCAGCAAGUGCUCCCUCUUUAAUUAGAGCCCUCCACCCUUAAAUUUGUUUUUUUAGAUGUAAAUAAGCAUCCCUAUCCUAAUAAGCACCCCCGUUGAGUAUUAGCACCCUCAUUCCAAUAAGCACCCCUUUACCAAAAAGCACCCCUUUACCAAAAAGCACCCCUUAAUUCCAAUGAACGCCCCCGUUCUGUUUUUCCUGUGUACUGGAUGCCAGUCCAUUACUGGUUAUAUCUAUUAGCUUGCCUUUCUUCCCUCCCUCCCUGCCCUGUACUUUUUCAGAUUUCACUGACAGUUGAUUAGCACCCACACUCUUGGAUGGAGCAAGACACUGUGAAAGCUUAAUGUUUUGUUUCAAGAACACAGUACAAUGAGCCAGUCAGGGCUCAAAACAAAAACUUCUAAUCCAAAGUCACCUGCUCACGGUUGUCCAUUAGUGAUACAAAGACUUGGCAAACAAUUAAGCCAUCUUCUUUAUCAAGAUACAUGUAAUUAAAGCAGUGUAGUUACUUGCUUGUAAAUACCCACCAACAAGCAUAGGUUGAAUGGGGCAAUCAUUGGACAAAAUUCUUUUGUGGGAGAUCUUUCAGAUGUAAACAACAACCACAAGAAUUUACAUACAGAGAGAUUUUAGGGGCCAGCUCAUGAAAUUAUUCAUGAAGGAUCUUUAUGGGUAAGUAAAAAAAUUAAUACAACACAACAAUUUGUGCUGUCAUUAUGGACGGCUUGUUUAGCGACAAGGAGCUUUUUCUUACAAAAAAUAUCGUCCAGAUUCCUUGUAUUCUCAUAAACAACAACCACAAGAAUUUACAUACAGAGAUCUAUUCAGUGAUUUGAAGUUAUUACUUCUAAGAGGAUAGCCUUAAAAUUGUUUACUCAAAACUUAUCUUGGCAAGAAUUACAAUCAAUGCACAUAAUGUGGGAAACUGCACCCUAGGUAUACUGUCAGCUGUUCUAUAAACUGUAUUUAAAUGCAGUGAAUCAUACAACCUUCCGCUAUUGAAAAAAUCCCAUUGGACAACUUAAAUUACCCUCUAUUUUCCUUGGACCUAAAACCAGCUAACCUAAAAAUUGUAAUUUACUGAACUUUUAUUUACUCUGCUACAAAAGGAAACAGUGAUGUGCUCGUCAGUAGUCAGAGUGUUAUUCUUUGGUUUAAAUUCUCAUGAUCACACUAAAAUUAUUUUAUUAAUCCCAUCCUGCCAAAAGGAAACUUUCAUAAUAAAAUUUUACAGUCACUUCCCUUUGUUAUGUCUGAGGAGUAAUUUCUGGUUUUUCAGGUGCUAAAUGUUCAAGGGAACAAACUUAAAGCUGUUCCUCCCAGCAUUGGAAACUUAGCAUCUCUUCAAAGCUUAAUCCUUCAAGGUACAGUUGUAUUCUUUCCACCUGCACUCAGUCAAAUUUAUGUUUUCUCAUACAAGUAAAGAGGCUUAUAGAAGACUUUCAUGUUGUUGUUAUUUACAGCAAAUGACCUUCGUGGCCUCCCACCUGAAAUAGGAAAUCUCAAAAGCUUGAGGACACUGAAUAUUUCUGAAAACAGCAAUUUGCCUGGAGUUCCCCCAACUUUGGCUCAUGUGAGAACUUUGGAGGUAAAGUAAAGUUCAGUAUAUUUAAUUGUCCAUUGAAUGCAUGUACUCAAUUCAAUUUAUUGAGACCUCCAAUACCUUGCCGAAUACCUUUUUGUAACCCAGGAGUCCCAAGAUUGAAAGUAUCAUGCACAGACCUUAUCAGAUUUACCAAAGCCUGUACACUUGAAUAAAAUAUAAUCCCUUUUUUUUCAGAACAUUAUUCUUGAUGUAAACAAAGUAUCAUUUCCACCCAGAGGUAAUCAAGAUCUUUAUUUGUUAGAGAUGUUUGCAGUGAUCAUUUCUGCAGAAUUACACAGAUCAGUUAAGUUAAUAAAAAUGUUUGGAAGAAUUAUGUGAUUGUCUGUUCAUUUUCAUAGAUGUGGCAGCUGAGGGAACAGCCUCCAUUAUGAAAUAUCUUUGCAAAGGUAUGCCAAUUAGGAUUUAGUUUCAAACUUGUAUCAAAUGUGUAUUUUCCCCCAUGACCAGUAUAUUGUUUAUUGAUGUCAAACUUGGUGUCAUCGUUCAAUCUAAUAAUGAUCAGAUGGUGAUUAAUAUGAGUGUUAAUAAUUUUUUUUUUCAUAUAGUGGCUGAAAUUGAGUAUGUCCCUCCAUCCAAGCAUCUACUAAAUGUUCUGGGUAUGCUCUAUCUACACAUAAGAGAGUUUUUCGGUUGAGUGUUGUAAAACCAAAGUCAAAUUAAUCACUGACAACAGCUAAUGCAAAGAAAGGAAAAUUCCCUUAAGAGUCAAUGAGAGCUGAAAGUAAAACCAACACAUCAGCAGAUUUAAACACGUCUUGCUGCACCCACUUGUGGGUUGCCACAUAUAGCAAUCUUUGGCUUCUUGAUUUCAUGGCCAUGACAACCAAACCCAGGGUUCAAAUUUUUGUUAGGGACUGCCCACUUAUUUAAUUUAUUUUUACACAUGGUAUGGUCAACAUAGUUGGGCAGAUUUGUUUUAUUUUUACAUCUGAUUGGUUGAGAGAGUAGUGCACGUUUUCUGGACUAAUCACAGAGCAAAGUAAAGAAGAUACAAAGCAAUCCCACAUUACUUUCAACACUCAAUUGAAGCUGCUCUGAUUUAUUAAUGAGUUAUUAAUAAACUGAAAUAACAAGUAUUGACGCUCAAGUUUUACAGUUGUCCAGUGAAUUAAUAUUUUUAUUGUGUGAGAGUAUUCUAUCAUCCAAUGGUGCAAGUAUUGUUUUGAUGUUACAGGUUUUUAGCCCAAUGCUUUCAUUUCAUUUUCUUUUCUGAUCCAAUAGGAAAUGGAACAGCUUCAAAUAAACAAUUGAACCCUACACCAGUGGAUGAUCUUGUGGCAGUAAGUUAUAAAUUUUUUCAAGUGAUCAAAUUGAAGAUGACGUAUUUUGUUUUUGCUUGGAAAAUGUUGCACAACUUUACUUUAGUGCAGGCAGGGCUUUUGGGUUCAGAUAUCAAAGGUAAAAUUACAGUAACUUUUGCUCUUGACAUUGACACCAGUUGUGCAACUGACGACACCUGCUGGUCUCACUGAUCUGUAUGUACCAUUUCACCAUUUUCACAAAGCUUUCCCUAUUAUUUCCUCAUUAUUUCACACACGAACAUUUUUGUUUUCAGAGCACUUUAUCAAAGCAUGAGGCAGAGAAGGUUUGCAUGUCACCUUUUUUUUUAAUUUCCAUGAGUCGUUUUUGUUGUUACUUUUCCUUGUUUCGUUCCCGUUUUAUUUCAAUCUGGUUUUUGCAUUUAAUUUACAAAAACGGUUAACACUGUACAUGUUUAUCAUUAGUAUCAUUCAUGUUUAACACAUUGACAUAUCGCAUGCCAGUGACUAAGUAUUUACUUGAAGAUGGUGCAAUGUUUAAUUUUUUAACUUGGAAACAGAGGUGAAGGUUUCACUCGGUCAAGAUACUUAAUGAGUGCUUUGCAGAGUUGCUGACUAUCUCCUAAGUCACCAUUAGAGCUUUCUGCUCAGCCGGGGUUUAAAUGACAUUCACUUGUGAAAGUGUAUUUUAUCCUCAUGACGUCUUGAUCCACAGGAAAGGAGACGACAGCAAAUGAUUGAAAUAGAGAAACAGCUUCAUGAAACAGAGCUGGAGCAGCAGGCUCUCGCUGCAGCAGCUAGUAAACAACGUACUGACCUUAUGGACAAGAUACGAAUGGUAAUCAAAGCCUGUUCUUUACCUUAAGCUGAUUAAAAAAAAAACAACAAGAAAAAAAAACAGGAAUUUCUUUCUAAAUCACAGCUGUGGCGUUUAAUGAAAUGAUCAUAUGAUCUCUGCUGGGCAGUUUUCUCGUGAUGUGUGGGCCUUUAAUGUUUCCUCCCACCCUCUUGAAAGAUUUCUGAAUAGUUUUACUAGAAAAAAUGUAAUUAAUAUGUACAAUUAUUAUCAGUGUCUUGCCAAUUGUAUAAUUCUCAAUUUUCUUGAUGUGCAUGUAUAGCAUUGUCAGCUUUGUGGGUAAAACAAGGUCUUGGCAGUUAGCUAGUCUUUUAUAAUUAUUAGGUAAUUUAGUGUUAACAACUGAGUUGAAAACGUAAAUUGGCCACCGUAAAGGGUAAAAAAUCUGACGUUUCGAGCGUUAGCCCUUCGUCAGAGCGAUAGGAGGAAUUGUGGGUUGUGUGUGGGUUUCUAUGCAGAAAGUGGAGCUCCGCUAUUGGUGGAAAUAUGUUGACGAGAAAACAGGAAUAAAUUAGUUGAAUGAAAAACGCUCGUUGAUUCCGUGGGGAUUAAGGGUGCCGAUUUGGAGGAUAAAUUUUUGUUCUAGUGUUUAGCGGAGUUCUUGACGUGUGAUGGGAGUGAAGAUGAAUACAACAAGUAACUAUGUGAAUCUGUAGGUUUGUAGUAAACACUAGUACAUAAACCGUUGUCUUCAAUUUAAAUUUUGAUGUCUAGAAAAGCCAAAGAAGAGUCGGAAAUUUCCCAAGUAUAUUUAAGAGCCGGGUGAAAGGAAUUGACGGCAGUUAUAAAUUGAGUGAAUUCCUCUCUUGUAGAGGGGGUGGCGCCCAUGCAAUUGUCGAUGUAAUGGCGGUAGAGUUCAGGUUUUGGCAGUGGUAUUGACUAAAAAAUUGAUGUUCGAUAAAACCUACGAAAAGAUUGGCGUAGCUGGGUCCCAUUUUAGUACCCAUGGCCACGCCAUUAGUUUGUUUGUAGUAGUUACCACCGAAUGAAAAGCAAUUGAGGUUGAGUACUAGUUCGGCCAAACGGAGUAGUGUUUCAGAGCUAGGUUCCUUAACAGUGCGAAGAUCGAAAAAAUGUUUGAGGGCCCGGAAAUCUUCAUCAUUGGGAAUGACAGUAUAAAGAGAUGGAAUAUCCAUAGUGAAAAUAAGUUUGUUUUGGCCGAGGAAACUAAAGUCACGAAAAAUUUCAAGUACGUGUUGGCCGUCCUUAACGUAAGAUGGUAAAGUUUUGACGAUAGGUGUCAUAAUUUUGUCUAAAUAGCUAGAAAUAAGUUCGGUGGGACAACUGCAGGCAGAAACGAUGGGUCGACCUGGGUUGUUAGGUUUGUGGACUAAAACAGCAUAUGGCAGUUUGCGGCCUUUCCUUACAUCUAGGCAGUUCGGAAAGUUGCAAAACAAAUUUUUGCCAUCUGCUUUUCUUCUUUUUUUAUAAAUAAAUAUUGAACAAUGUGUGAUGCCGCUGAGGGGUAACAAUAGUUUCUCAUGCACUUAAAUGUACUUGUAGACUGAAGCAGAAAUAGAUGACCUCACAUUGAUGCAGCAACAGCAACAAGAGGUUGAGAGAAAAAAGCUUGUAUCAGCAAUGGCAGCAGGUACUAUGUGUGUUUAAGUUAGAUAUGCCUUACAGUGUGUGCAAUGCAAUAGAGAGCACUUGGUAGCGUUUAUCACUUUUGGUGAUCUUGCUGUUUGACAGUACUUCUGAGUUGUUGAUCGUGUGUCUUAUGGGAUGGGAUAUGGAAGAAUCCUUAUGGCUAACAAGAAAGAAAUCAACCGCAACAACAACAACAAAACAAUACAAAACAACAGCAACAAAAAUUCAUUGCUCUGCCUUGUUGUGGCAUUUUUCUUCAACUUUAUUAGAAGCCCUCAUUCUGUUAUAUCCAUCAUUCCUUUUUAUCACUUUUUUGAUGAAUUUUCAAUACUUAUGUUUCAGAUGAACAACUCACCAAUGACACUGUGGCUAUGAUUUUGCAAGUGAAUGAACGGUAAUGCUCCUGCUUUUCUUUCUUUUCUCUCAUCGUCAACCUCAUUAUUCAUUCACACAGUACAGUGCACAUGCAUCAUUUAUAUCUUACAUCAAGGGCCAUGACCAGGUUCGUUUGUAGUCACUGCUUGGGUAUACGUAGACUGCGAGUAGGCCCUGAUUAUCAGCGCUUCAACACGAGAUUUUCUUCGCCUGCGGGACAAUGUGACGCCUUGAGCAAUGGGAACAGGCGAGAGAUCUGCUAGGGGUCUGGCACUGAUAAUUAUUAUAGUGCUCAGAUCUCCGGCAAACCUCUCCAAGACUCGUCUCAAAUUUUCCCUCGGAUGGAGAAACACGCGUCCUGCAGCGCUUAUAAUGAGGUUCUACUUGCUGGCUAAGUUCUACGUUGUUAUGUGCACGAAAGAUUCCACUUGAUUAGUAAAUUUUGAUUGAUUUUCUUGGAGAUACGUGCUGUUCUGCUCCAAUACUGCGUUGACAGUCUCUCAAAACUCGACCUCGAUCUAUGCAACAUUCUUGAUCCUCGAUUCUCGAAAACUUUGAGGAUCGAGAGUCGAGGGGAGUUUGUAGACGUCCGAGGCCGUUUGAGAAAUUUUUGUGGGCUUUUAAGAAAGUUCGAGUCAAUAGAAAAAGGAUACCUUGCGCGAUAAAUUUUUCACACGACUGAACUAGAUUACACUGUGGGAACUUAAAUUACACAUUCUUCGUUAUUAUAAGUUUUACAUCCUUUUGAAAGCUGUUCCACACUGUUAUUAACUUUUGGCUGUUGGACUCUAGAGCUCAGAAGGCGGAAAUGAUUUUGGAUGAGAUGGAAAAAGAAAGGUAGGAUUUUUGUUGUUUUCUUUGAGAAAUUUGAGAAAUUUGAGAAUAGCUGUCGUAUCGUUAGAAGAGGUUAAUGAUUGGUGGAGAUCAGUCGGUUUAAGACAUUUUGUUUUUUCUGUGCAGAAUGAGAACUGAGCAACUGGUGAAGGUGACUCAGGAAGAGGCCGAGAAACUGAGAAAAGAAGAAAUGUUAGGUUGGUAAUAAUUAAUUACAAUCUCUAUGACUCAAGAGGUUGCUAUUUGCGACUAAAUCAUUAGAAUUUAUCAUCGAUAAAUAGGCUCCUUCAUCGUAGAAAACACGGGCAUUGUCAUGAUUUUUUGCCUUAAAACAUAUGAUAAAAUUUCUCUUGUAGAACCGUAUUGACGGAAAUGAUUUAGGGAUGAACCUGUCUUAGUAAGCCUUCUGCUUUCUGGUAUCUCUUUUCAAGUUCUUUUCCUACCUUCCUUCGGAAAGAAUUCAGUUUUUGUGGUUGUCUUCAUAGUAUAUGGAAGACUGAAGUCAUUUCACAAAAUGUUACCGCUAUUUUGAAGCAUUUGUUAUCCAGAGUUAAUAAGAGGAAUCUGAAUACAUCAUAGUAUUGAACACAGUGUCCGUCGUAAUGCAACAGAUUGUCAAUUUCCUGUUUCAUUUCCCUUAGUGUCCAUGGCUCGUCUUUUGGAAAGUCAAGAAAGUCAGAGUCGUCUCAUUAGAGAAUACGAACGGGCUAGAGAUAGGACUGCUAGUCAGGCCAUGAAUGAGUAAGAAAUAAGUUUUUAUUUCCAGCGUGAAUACUGCAUAAUAUUGUUUACAUCGUAGUUGAGAAACUGCGCAAAACCAUUUUAUCUACCUCACUAAUUCAAUCAGUUUGAUACCAUCAAUGCAAUAAAAUGUGCUACACAGGCGCCACUCCUUUACACAGUGCUGUAUUAAUGUUUUAAGAGGGUAAGUUUCUAAACUAAACUGUGAUGCUGCGUUGGUGGGAUGAAUUACAAGAUAAUUUGGUUGUAUCAACUGAACUGAUAGAUAUGAAUGUAAAUUGGCUACCGGAAAUAGUUUCUAAAUCUGACGUUUCGAGCGUUAGCCCUUCGUCUAUCGCUCUGACGAAGGGCUAACGCUCGAAACGUCAGCUUUUAAAUCCUUUUCGGUGGUCAAUUUACGUUACCAACUCAGUUGAUGAUACUAAAUUACCCUGAAUCUAUGAAUAGCUGCUUAAUCGGGUGACGUGAAAGUGAUGACGUCACAAGUGUUAUGACCACUAUAUUUUGAAAAGGCACUUUAUGCAUCAGGUUACUGAGCUCUAUUGAACAAGAAAGAAAUAAGCAAAUAAUAGAAUACUAUCAAGAGAUUAUAACACUUUAUUAUCUCUUGGUACUUGUCAGUCUAGUAUUAUGAAUAAUGAUAAUUAUCGUUUCCGUAUUGUGUACAAGUGUCUUUUUCACCAGGGCUUUGGAAGAAGACGUACGGUUGCUUGGCAUUCUGAAUGAACAGUAUGAGGACAGAGAUACUUUGAUCUCCGAGAUUUCCAAAGAGGUUUGAUAAUAGGACAUACAUUGCAUUUAAAUUCUUCAGUUUCUUUUGGUGUAGUAGCGAUGAUGACGAGUCAAUAAACAAAAUACUCCUUUGCAACAAAUCAACAACACACAUUUAUGACCUCGUGGUUUCCGACUCACUUGCGCGUGAUCAUUAGAAAUUUUCACCUAAAUUCGGGUGUAAUGGCCUAAGGCCGAAAUAGAUGGGAUCCCCAGUGAAACCGUGACUUCGCCGCUCAGAUUUGCUUCGCAUUCCUUUUUGCUUACUUGGUAAUAGAGGACCUGUAAUUGUAUUAUUUUUUUAUUUAAGGAACGCGCACAAAUGGAAGCGAUCCAAGUUCUCCAGCUACAAACGGACGCAAAACAUCGUAGAAUUACCGGCCAGGUAAAGAAGUUGUGUCGAUGUUUUUAAAUCAAAUUUAAUAUGUUGAAAGAUUGUAUUUUUUUUCAACUAGCGCCCAAAGUAGUUUAAGUAACAUAUUCAUCUUUAAGUGAUGACAUUCUCGUGCAAUUAUAGUUUCUUUUUUCGAUUUCCUCGUGUACUUAUAGCUCACUUCUUCCGUAUUUCCACUUUACGCUGGUCUCCCUUGUGGUGACGCUAAAAAUCUGUACAACUUUUGCCUUGAUUUGAAAGUUUGUAGUACUUUUCUUUAGAUAAUUUUUAAACACGAAAGUCUUAAAUUUAACUUCAGAUUGCAAUGCUACAAGACGAGCUCACGAAAUUGACGCUAACAGAACUGGAGAAAAAAGAUGAACGCCAAGAUGCGGAGAGGGUAUGUCGGUGCCUUUCUUAUCGUUUAACUUCUUUUUGAUUUUUCCUUUGGUGAAGCGAAUGUUUUACUUUUUUUCUGCCUCGACUGGAUGGCUCUUUUUUCUUUUCUUUCUCUUUUUCUCUCUCUCUCUUUUUUAUAUUUUUUCCAAAUCCUUUCUCUCUCUUCCUCCGUUUAAAAGUUUUUGAGCGCUAUACUCACUAUUGUUGGUACCUCAAUGCACUGCGAAAGUAGAUCUUUGAGAAAACGUUGAGAUAUGAAAACGAAAAGUUAAAAGGGAUUUUUUUCCACGCGUGAAGAGUAAAAAUGGCUGUCGCCGUCAAAAACUUGCAGUUAAGAUUCGUUUGCGUUUGAUUUCGUAAGCGGGACAACGAGGCACGCUGCAAUCUCCUGUGCAAGUGUUUUUGUGCUCAGACAUCUCUCACUUUUAUUGUCUGGAAUGAUAAGCGACCCAGCUCAGAGGGGCAGUGUUCUUUUUCGCUGUAGAACAUGGUAAUGUACCAAGAGUGCAUUAUCUUUUGAGGACACUUAGUUAACCGUUUCGUUGUUGUCAUUCAGGCUGCGCUGGAAUCGAGGAGAGAAGCUUUGACAGGUCUGAUGGUUCAGCUUGUUAGCGAACAACAGAAGAGAGAAGAUGAGCUUAUGAAGAGACUUGUAAGUUUUUGGUGUAUAAGCUUACCUUAACAUCAGUAAAGUAAUGAAUUUAGCUGACCAAUGUUUUAUAGUAAAAAUGAAGUGGUAUUUUAGUUACAUUUGUUUAUUUUCAUGAAUGGUUCGAUCUAAACCUUGCACUUAUGGUCACGUAACAAACAACAAUGUUUCGGAGACUUAAUUUACUACACUUCAUUCCAAUUUAAGAUAAACGUUGAAAAAAUCGGAUGACAUACAUAUAUUUCAAGGUUAGACUUACUGUUAACUGUUUCACCUGUCCUUUUUUCUCACAUUCAUGAUCCUCUUUAACAUUUUUGUAAGUUUAUUCGAGUUCUUCUACAGUUUUAGUCUGUGGUUUCUCUAACCCGGUGAUAAGUGCUUAAAUAAAUUUUUGUUUGAGUGCCUUACACUCCUUAAAGGAACCUCUGUGCUUUUCUUGGUCAGGUUGAGAUGGAACACAAGAGAGAAACGGAUAUUGAGGAUUACUGGCUGAUUCAGUAUCAGAGGCUCCUUGAAAGCAAACCAGAUACUCUGCUUGCGAAGGUACAAAGAGCCUUGUAAUUAUGUGAGAAUAGUGAUACCGUAUUUAUUCGAUUGAGAGCCUUGAGUGGUUAUUAAACUUAUGGACUUGAGUUGGGUGCUUUUUCGAGGUGGGCGAUUAUUAAAUUUUCACCAUUUUCGACAAGUAGUAAGUUUAUUUUGCAACUCAGUAAACAAUAAGUAUUAACAAAACGUGAGGAGUUACCAUAAACAGUUAAUUUAGUGACUGUAAGCCAGUUAAGAGAUGAUAAUCAAUACUCCUUCUGUGCCCUUCGGUUUUGUUUGUUUGUUUGUUUGUUUUUGGGAGGAGGGGAGGGGGGGGGGGAGGGGAGGGGAGGGAGGGGAGGGGUAGAGGGGUGAUCUUUUAUUCGAUUACUAAAAGGCGCUUAUAAAAUUUUUCUACCUACAGGGUGGGCGCUUAUUCGAUUAAAUACGGAAUAUCGAACGUUGAAUGGCCUUGACUGAUUUUAAAUCUAUACUAUUAUUUUAAAAUAACUGUAAUUUCGAAUAAUGUCUUGAGUUGAGGUUAUUUGGAAAAAGGUUCCAGUGAAAGUAAUCAUCAAGUUAGAAUUAAGAAUUUUUUCUUUGAAAUUACAGCAGUGCGAUGGUGUGAUUUCCGAUAUCCUCGCAGAAGCUGAAGCUCAGGACUACGCCUCGCACUUUGCCCGUCACCGAAUCACGUGGGAAAUGCUUAAAACCAUGACAGACCAAGAACUGAAGGAGGUGAGUGAUGAAGUCUCCGUUUGCUGUCUGUUUGUUGUUAAGGAGCUGCAGGUGGUUAGAGUGUAGGAGACUCCAUAUCGAGAGGUCUGAAUUCGAGCCUGGGUAGAGACAUUGUGUUGUAUUCUUGAGCGAGACACUCUACUCUCGCAGUGGCUGUCACCACCCAGGAGUUUCAACGGUUCGCCGGCUGGAAGUUAACCUGCGAUAAUCUUGCUUCUCGCCCAGCAGCUGCACCAUUUCUCCUCGUAUCCUGCCUCAUGUCAGGGAAACGAGGGCAUGCUGAGGCAGUAAUCAGCCGCUCUGUUCAAGUCCUGUCUUAAAGGGGUAACUAAAGGGUUAUGAGGUGUCGUACGAAGAGGGUUCAUAAAAUUUGUAACAGAACAUUGCCCCUAUUUUCAGUAAAGGAGAUGAUAUCCUAUUCCCCUGCCCCUCCUCCGCCGUCCACUGGCGUAUUUUCGCUCUUCCCCCCUCAACCAUGGCUGAAUAUCAUUCCUGAUACAUCGUAAAGCUUUGUUUUGCUUUGAUUAGCUGGGUAUACACGAGCUUGGAGUUCGAAAGGCAAUAAUGAACGUUGUCCAGGAACGGCUUCGCGUCGAUUCAAAGGCGAAGGAAAAAGAAAGCAAGAUUGAAAACCCUGAGGUGAGUUGUACAUAACAUGUUGUUGCGUGAAGAUAGUCGACGUUACUAGCCUUCUUUUCUUUUCCUCUACCCUCUUUCCUCUCUCUUUCUCCCUGACCUUCCCCCCCCCACCACCCCACCCCUCUCCCUUCCUUUCUUACUUUAUUCCUCAUUCUAUCUUUCCUAAUUCUUCCUGGUCUGAAGAGCAGAGCUAGUGCGACUUGUGAAAGCGUUUGUAAUAGUAAAGGCAUACCUUUUAAUAUGAACGUGGUUUAUUGACUCGAUUGCCCAACUCUGAGAAGCUGCUUCGCGUUUUAUUUCAUCCCCAUCCGGUAAAGUUACAUAUUGUGUAAAUACUUUUGGUAGCACCUCAAAUUAUCUCACUGUCUUGAGGAUGGUCUGUUAGCCUUGUAGGUUAUGUAACGGUCAUGGAAUGUUGUGCCUUACAGAUGUUUGUGCCUUACAGGUACCAGUCCCUCAACCACCUAGCUCCAACACACCGGUGGCACCUAUAGUUGAACACCGUGACAUGACUACGGAAUGCGUGAUUUGCAUGGACCAAAGGGUAAGUAGAUACUCGCCUUUCGCUACCAAGCGUGACGUCUUAGAACUGGAAUGUGAAGAUGGAGAAAAAAGUCAGGUUGAGACAAACAGAGAUAUUUCUUUGUACAUAAAUCUCAUUCAUUUUAAGGCAAUUUUUUCGCUGCGUUGGCAGACUGUUCGAAUAUUUUGUUGUUCAUUAAGGGAAAAAUAUCUUAGAAAAGCUCACGUUUUGAUCGUUAGCUCUUGAGCGGAGCUAGGGGGAGGAGGGGGGGGGUCAGAGGAUUUGGUUCUAACAAUAAAAUUUACCUGAUCCCCCCAUAAGGUUCUGUUGUAUUCGAACGAUCCCCCCUUCCGUCCCCCCUGAAAACCAUUUGACCCCCCACCAUCCCCCCUCCCCCCCUUGAUGAAUAUUGAGUGGUUCUUUGGAGGAAAUGCGUUAUUUUUCUCGUUCAUGGCACAGGUAUAUCUUUUUCCUUAUUUCACUGACGUGUUUUUUUUUUUUAUUAACAGUCGGACGUGGUAUUGCUGAAUUGUGGUCACGUUUGUUGUUGUUUCAACUGCUCCAGCUCGAUAACCAGCUGUCCAAUGUGCCGUAACCCUGUCGUACAACGCAUCAGGAUAUUUGUCUCUUAAAUUAACAGUAGUUGUGUGCUUUGUUUCUGUACACAAGGUAUAUAUUAUUCCAUAGUAAUACAUUGUCGACGUUAGUCGGGAGAACAAUUGUUGCUUUCGUUAGCUAUCGUUUCGGAAUCGGAAAAGGUCGUUUUUUAUAUUUUUUAAUCAAAAUAUCUCUCGGAUUCUAAGGCGAGAUUGGCUCCUUUUUGUUGAAGUCUUGUUUAUUCCUUAGCAACCUCUCAAGUUAUCGAAAACGAAGUUGUUCCCUCCGACUAAUACAAGUUUACAUCAGGGCCUGAAUGAUUGCGAUCAGAAUUUCUAUUCAGAUCUGAUUUUUUCAUCUUUCGAGGACAAACCAUCCUGAUUCUCAAUUAUCGUCAAUUAUUUGUUGUCGAGGUUCUCAUAAUACGCGAAACGUACAUGUAGGAUUAAGUCAUUAUUAUUUAAUAUUUUGUUUGCCUUGCUGGCCAAAACGCCCAGAAAAUUGCAAACUACCCACGUUAAAGAGAAAAUUGUCCUGAUACUCAAAAGAGGCGAACAUUGUUGGAUUUAAAACGUCGUAUCUCUCGUAUUUUGCAAUGCAGACUUGAAUCUACGUUGAGAUUUGAAAGGAUUAUUCAUCCCUCGGCUUGUAUUAUCAAAUGAGUAAAUAUGACGUAAGGAAUUGUAUUUCUGACCCCCGAGUCACGUUUUGAGCGGAGAUUUUUUUCCUCUUUACAAUUAGUGCUAAAAGUUUCACUGUUUCAAUGCUGGCGUUCAGCCGGAGUCUAGAAAAAUCCCCUUGUACUGAGUAAGCGUAGUCAAAGAUGAAACUUCUUCUUAGAGAUAUUUGAGUUCCUCAACAACUGAAUAUUUAAACAAUUUUUUAAUUUCAUAAAACUGUAGUUACAUGCCUUUCUCUCUGUUUUUUGAUGUAUUUCGAGGUUUUAUUUGUGAAAUUUUCCUCUUACAUUUUCAAACAAAGCUUUUAAGCUUCAACAUAGCAACAAUAUACAAUUUAACUACCACUGUAGAUUAGGUGAGUUGUUUCUCUGUCACCCAUACAGGCGGAGGUGAGAAACGGUUGUAGUUGCGAUUAAGGAACUCGAACUCCUAAAGUAAACAGCAUAAAAAGUAUCGAAAUUGCUGCUCAGGAACUUGGAUAUUAGUAGUGAAAAUCAGCGAAGUUCUCUGAAACAAUGAGAUUGGCCUUUGAACGUAAACCGGAAGUUUUUCAAAGGUUCGAAAUAUAUGGCAGUAACAUGUCGUUGUCUUUGUGUAUCGAAUAAAUUCAACAUUUAUAUGUGUAGUGUUAAGAGCCGAACUUCCUUGUGCUUAAAGGGGCCAGUCAUUUCGGCUUCUCACCCCCACAAAAGGUGACGUCUAUUUAAGGGAUAAUCGAGACGCAGAUGUUAUUAAUCGAGACGCAGUUUAUUUUAAACACGUAAAUAAUUUAGAUUGA